GCCUUCAACAACGUUUACAGAACCCUAACUAAACUCUCUCUUUCUCUAUCUUCCGUUUCCGAUUUGCACUCUGCAAAGAACGAUGAAGAUCGUUGCUGCCUAUUUACUCGCCGUUUUGGGAGGCAACACCAGCCCUUCAGCUAAAGAUUUGAAGGAUAUUCUCGGAUCUGUUGGAGCUGAAAUUGAUGAGGAAAGAAUUGAGCUUCUGCUCUCUAAUGUUAAGGGUAAGGACGUUACAGAGCUCAUUGCAUCCGGAAGAGAAAAGCUAGCAUCUGUUCCUUCUGGUGGAGGUGCUGCUGUGGCAGUUGCUGCCGGAGGAGGUGGUGGUGGUGCAGCUGCCCCUGCUCCAGCUGAAGCAAAGAAAGAGGAGAAGGUUGAAGAGAAGGAAGAAUCAGACGAUGUAAGCUUCCUUCGUUUCUUGGAAUUGCAUUUUAGACAGUUGAAAUUCUCGCUCCUAAAUAUAUUGAAGAUAAUGCCAAAUGAUUCUCCACCUUAUAAAACACUGAAUGUUUGCUUGAAAAGCUGAAACAUCUCCUAUAAUGAACAAUCAUUUGUUGAUUCUGUGAUAUUUUCAGCCUAUAAACACUACUUCCCUUUGGUUUUUUAAGAAAUGAUCUGCUCAUGAUUAAUAAUCACUAAAGAAAAUUGUUUUCCAAAACUUGUUUUUGCUUUUAGAAUUUAUUUGAUAUGGGGUUCAUCUUAAGACUCAUUGACAACAAGAGUAGUAGUCCAUCUAUCUUAUAAAGAGUUAGAAUCUUGUUAGUCUUUCCAUCCCCUCAAGAUGUGGCUCCUAAGUUCACCAUUCAUGAUUUGAUCUCAAUUGUUUUAUUGGACUGAGUACUUGUUUGGAUAUUGUGUGCUGUGACAUCAUAUUUGAUAACAAGAUAAGCAGUUCAUGUAACUUAUGAAAUAAACUGGUAACUGAGUUUUAAGAUGUGGAAAGCCAUAAUUGAUAAUUUUGAAUGGCACUUUCACAUAAAUUUUAAAAUAAAGAAGUGUUAUGAAAUGGCUAUCAGGAACCAAUCAAAAUUUGCUGAACUAGUUUUCUUAUUUGUAUCGUUAAUGUUCUUUUUUAAGUUGAUGUAAUUUCUUCUAAUUCCUUGUUUAAUUUUGUUUGCAGGAUAUGGGCUUCAGUCUUUUCGAUUAAGUAUAAUAACAAAGUUGAAUGUUCAGAGAUUCUUCAAGAUUUUAGAUUUUGGAAUUUUUGUUUUUUCACAUGUAGUGUUUUAACAUUAUCGUGGUGUUAUGAUGAGCCUAAUGCUGUACUUUUAUUUUAAUUAAUGAAGUUUCGUCGUAAUUUUUGGAUGCUCUAAAA